AUGGACCAGAAUGCAUGUCAAAGGAGGCACAUUGCUGCCAACCUUGAGCACGGUGCUGAUGGUAGCACAACUCUUCACACGAGUGUUCAAUAUGAACCUCUGCGUCACGAUGCAGCGGAGAAACCGAAAGAGGAUGUUACUUCCAAUCCAGCAGAAGUUCAAGACGUUGGCUGGGGUGAUGACCAGAUACGACCUGAGGACUAUGCCGUCGAUGGCAUAAAGAAUGAAGAUAUCUGGCUUCUCGUCCGAAGGUUUAAUAAACGUGUCUUUCAUCUCAAACAUGCCCCGAAUCACCCAGAAGAUGAGAUGGAUUUCAACGUUGCUGAAGAGGAGCAAUUCUCUCCGAACAAGCUGCGUGCACAAAUCGAAAGGCUUUACAUGGAGGCGACAACACCUCUCAAGACUCCAGUCGUGGAGGGAGCCAAGGCGAACAUCGUGCUUCUGUCUGUCCAUUACCAAGGCGGCCACUUGAUAAAGCCCGCCGCAGGUAUUCUAGGCACGGUCGAUACGGCUACAGGUGCCCCAGAGAGCCUUAAAGGUGAGACUCUGGAGAGAGAAGCCAGUAACUUUGCUACCGGUCUUGUGGCGCUGUCCAUAAAUAUCUUUGUCGACAAGGAUCCGCAGCAUGACGAGUCCCAGAGAGGAGGUGGAAAGACUGUUAACCUUCCGGAUCCAAGGUCGUUAGCUACUAGGAUAGCAACUGCAAAGGAUAAGGCAGCUGGAAUCGAGAAGCCGUCUUGGGACAAGAGCAAAUCGCCUAUGCAGGAGCUUAUGUGGAGUCAGAUGAGACCACUGAUGCACUGGACAUGUCGCUUCUGCGAUAUUUGGGAGAGAAGCGCGAAAGUUGUUACGUUGGCUCUUGGGGUUGGCUUCUUUGGUAGCAUCUUCUUGAGAAACUCUUAUGGCUGGCUAAAGCAUAAUAUUGAAAGAAUUGUAUUCCGGGGAAUACCAACAGAUUCCCAAUUAACAAUAGCCCUCCUACGACAUGGUGAACGAAACAAAGCCCCUCUGCCACCAUCUCCAGAACCAAAAGGUCCACCUCUUGACGAAGCUCUCGUCCUUGAUGGCGAUGCUCUGAGUGCAUCAGCUGGUGAUUGUCCUAUGGGAGCGUCACCCGAGGAGAUUCGAAGAGCGGUUCAGGAAGAACCUGGAGUUGUCCAAGGCACCGGUGGUGACGACCAUGAGUACCCUGACCAUGAGAGCGGUGGAAAAAGACGCGGCAAACUCUUGGGGGUUGUCAAACCUGUUGUUCAGGCGGCGGCAAAGACAGUCAUUGGUGUCAACAAAAUUCGAGCUAAGACAGGAACGGUAUCUGCGAAGAACCGUGUUGGAGCUGCAUCGACCAGAGAGGAACCUUCGAUUGCUGGACCGGUCGAGUUCACAUGCCGCUGGCAGGGAGAAAAGGGAUUUGUAUAUCUCACUACAGACACUGAUUCUCCUUGCCUUUGCUUUUCGAGAAGAUCAGUCGGCGACUCAGAUGAUUCAGGCCAUCACGAGGUACUGCCAACUUGGACGAUACCUGUGAAGGGAAUCACAACACUGAACAAAUAUUCUGGAUACGGAGCUAAAGCAAAACUUCUUGCUGGAUGGGCCUUGGAAAGUGAAAUCACAGAUGGACUCGAAAUAGUUGAAAACGAUGGAAAAUCCUAUUUGAUCACAGCAAUGGCUUGGAGAGAUCAGCUGUUUAAUAGACUUUGUGCUAUUGGUGAUCAGAAAUGGGAAAUCUGGUAG